AUGGGUUCUACAUUUCAUUGUUUUAAAGUAUCUACUUUACCAUAUAAUGACAAAAUUCUUUCAUCAUACGUAUUCUCAAAAGAACUUGAAAGCUCUUUUCAAAUGUCGGUGAAUCCAGUAGAUCUAUUUCCAUGCGCUGAUACAUUAUUUCUAUGUGGCUAUAACAAGAUCAAUUGUGUUCAGGAUCUUGGCAAUUGUAGAAGUUCUAUUUCAUCAUUAGUUUCAUGGCCAUUAUUAACAAAUAUUUCAAUCAAUCAUAAUCAUAUUGAAUCACUGGAAAUCUUUAGUAUAACAUUGACAUUUCAAAAUGCUCAACGAAGUUGUACAUUAUUGUCGAAUCGAUUAUCUAACUUGAAGAAACUUAACUUUAAUAUUUGUGAUGCAUUUUAUCCAUGGAGAUGGAACCCAUCUUGUAUUGUUGACAGAAAAAAUAAAUCCACAAGACGUAUUGUUCCUCUUAUUUAUCUGCUUGUAGAUAAAUUACAAAAACUUGUUUCGCUACGCAUUGUCUUUUCCAAUUCCAAAUUCAAUGAUACACCUUGUUUUCCACAUUUGAUUCGACGACAAUUACAUCAAUAUCCACUUAAUCGACCAUUUCGAUUACGAUUUUCUUCUAAUGCAAUUGCACUAUGGCUUUAUUAA